CUUCUUCUCCCUCCUCUUCCCCUCUCGCCUAUCUCUAACAAAAAACCCUAGCAGCCAAAGAGCUCCAUCACCGACCUCCAACACCGUUGUCGUCGCCGCCUUCCUCCCGUUGUCCUCGCGCUGACGCUGUCCCCGCCGCCCCUAGCAGGGCCAUGCUGCCCCAAUCGCCCUUGCCGCACCACGCUGCCCUCGUUGCCCCUACCGCGCCUGCCGCCAUCUUUACUCCACCACUGCCUCUGCCUCCCCAUUCCUCCGCCUCCCACCACCUCCCGUCUUCACGGUGCCGCCGCGAGGUUCCCGGAGUGAGUCUGAUUGAAGGAUUUCACCGAAAAAAUCUGCUAGUCGGA